CUAGACACGUACACUAAAGACACGUACAAGAGUUUAUUUUUGGCGUCGCGUAAAUAUCUUAACUGCUAAUUGUUAACAGUGAACAGUGGAGAAAAAUAGCAAGUGGGGUUAAAUUUGUUAUAUAUUGGCAAAAACUGCGAUUAUUUUUCAAAAAGCCAACAUCAACAUUGCUGAAAUGUCUAAAAAGUCCGCAGAUUCGUCAAACGCUCAAUUCCCCAACCCCUCUCCCCUGCACUGUUCGGUUCCUCAAGCGGAAACACGAUUCGCGCCAGUAACUUGAUCAUGUAUCGAGUCAUAAAUGAGAAAGCGUUGUGUAACCGGAAAUUUGCCAGAACUGGCAAAAUAUUAGAGUACGUUUCGAUCUACUCGUUGGUUUCUCUGAGGAAAGGCUGACUUAAUCACGAGUUUCAGAUCCCAUGGCUGCGAAGUAUUCUCGCAGUCUGUCUGAUUCAGACCCUGAAAACCACAUGCAGUCAGAAAUUGAUGAUGUGAGUACCUCUUUAGAUGAUCUGCACAUUAGAUGGCAAAAGAAAGUCAUCAGAGCAAGAGUUAUGUUAGGAGUGUUAACAGCAAUCUGCUGCAUACUCCUUGUGAUCCUGAUUAUUACUUACGAAAGCACUCGUAAACAUGACAAAUCUUGUGUUCCAACCCUUGGACGGACACCCAGCAAUGAUGAUAUCAUGAAGUUUGUCCACCUGGCAGAUAUUCACUAUGAUCCAUUCUACAACAAGACUAUCUCAAGAAGUAACUUUUGCAGAUCUCAGGGAGCAAGCAAUGAUACAGCAAAGUAUAUUGCUGAGUAUGGAAGAAUUGGCUGUGAUUCACCAGCAUCUCUUAUUGGAAAUACUUUAGAUGCCAUAAAAAAUGUUAGUGUUGAGGAGGAUGUUAGCUUCGUAUUGCUGACCGGGGACUUUUCAGGUCACAGAAUGUGGACACAGUAUGCUGGACCGCAGAGAGUCUUAGACAACAUUGCUUACGUCAGUAACCAAACUCAUUUAAGAUUUUCAGACAUUCCUGUGUUUCCUGUGGUUGGAAAUAAUGACCUGCCUGGACACUACGUCUUACCAAACUCAACCAGUGACUGGUACAAGAAGCUUUUGUCGUACUGGGAACCCCUGAUUCUGUGUUCCGGGUGUCCUGGCAGUGUUAAGCAGCCAACAACUCAGGCGGUGUUGGAGAAAAGUUUUUUGGAGGGUGGAUACUAUAAAGUCAGCAUUGCAGGUGGGAAAAUGGUUCUGUUAGUGUUAAACAGCUUGUACUGGUCUGCAUAUGUUGGCGGUAGUGCGGACAUUGUUGGUAAGGCAAAAAGACAAUUAGAGUGGUUAGAAACUCAACUAGAACUUGCCAAAAGCCAAGGACAAAAGGUGAUGUUAGCUGGCCACAUUCCUGCAGGCAUUGACACCUAUUCUAACAAUCCCUAUUGGCUCAGUAACUACACAAAUUCCUUUGUGAGUCUUGUAGCAAAGAAGUAUGGUGAUAUAGUGGUUGGUCAGUUCUUUUCCCAUACACACAAAGAUGAUUUCCGCCUCCACAUACCUGCAGCAGACGCGAGUGCUCCCCAGCAGGAUAGUGCCAAGUCGUUUGCGCUUCUUGCGCCCGCGAUAUCACCGGUUUAUCAGAACAACCCGGCAUUUAGGGUGAUGUCACUGGACAUGGAACAACUGUCUCUGUUGGACUACAGCCAAUACUACAUGGAUCUAGUGAUGGCUACAGAAUUCUCAAACCCAGUAUGGCAGUUGGAUUACAUUUUCAGUGAAAAGUACUCGUCAAGCAACAAAUUUCUCAAUGCGGACAGAAUUGACGAGCUGAACCAACAGCUAAUCAACCAAACAAGCCACAGCUUCUGGAAGGGAUACGUGUUUUCUCGAGAGACCAAUUACCAGCCCAUGCCUUACUCCCGAUUCAAUCUUUACUGCGCCAUGAGAUUCGUCCAUCUUGACGACUUCAACAAAUGUAUCGGGAAGUAUGUUGUUCCAGGUGGUUAACUGACCAUCACCCAUUCUUAACUUAAAUGAUAUUUCAUAGUUUAUUUUCAUAGUAUUAGAUCAGGUAUUCCACUAAGAAUACCAAAAUCAAAGCGGUUCGACGCUAACAUAAGUGUCAAGAAAUAAGGUCAAUAAUUUGAAGUUGUGAAAAUGUGAAAGCAUUCUGACAUUUUUGUCUUCCUCAACUCCUAUUCAUGCAAGACAAAGUUGAACAUUUUAGCCUAGGUGAUUCAAAAGCGGUGUGUAGAUAUUUAGAUUUAAAUAUUUGUGAUAUUUAGAAUUUUUUUUUGAGAAUUGCGGAAAGAUUAGGCGAUUUUACGUGAUAUUUGUGGAAAGGAAAGGUCUAAUCCCCUCCUCAGCUUUGUAUCAGUUAUUACACAGAAUAGAAUCAUUAUUAUUGUGUAUUAAUUAAUGUGUAUCGUCGCGUUUUGAUUGAUUUUAUGCUGAACUUUUACACAAGGUUUAUCGAUUUUUACCGAGAAGGUUAGGAGAAAUCUCAAUCUUGUCUUUGUAGUUAUAUUUAACGGGUUAGGGACAGAACAUUAUUUUUUUGAUGGGGGACGGGGGCACGGGGGUGGGCAAUUUCGGGAAAAAAAAUCCCGCACGGUAAAAACUGCUGAACAAAAAUCUUGCAACAGGGGGCCAUGGGGAAAAAAAUCAAGCAAGUGCUUUCUACUAUCAUUAUUUUGAUUUUUCAUGUUAAAAAAUUCCUGCACAAGCUAUUGCCUACCAAAAAAACGUCAUGCACAACUUAAAGGUGAGAACAAAAUUCACGUCCCAGAAAAUUUCCCAACCCCUCGCGCCUCCCCUGAAAAAGAUAAUGGUGCGUCCCUCGUUCUAGUACACAUGUACGUUACAUUUUAGUUAGGAUCAUCCAUUCAUACUCCAUUUUAUUUCUACAGUUCAUCCCCGCUUUAACGGUUUAGCUCGGUUCAGAAAAUUUUGUUCGUGAUUAAAGAAGCGCGAUAAACGUGAAAUUCAGAUAUUAACAAGACAAUAAGAACUUUACGGUACUCCCGAUGUGUCGUAACAAAUUUUACUGUGGAAUCGCUUUAAUUUUUGUGUUCUAAGAUUAGAUGUCCCUCCAGAAGCAGAGGCCUUUCCACAAAUAUCCGGAUAUCCUCUGAGAUAUUUGGAAGUUUCCAAGAUAUUUAGAAAAUGUUAAGAUAAUUCGAAAGUUUUAGGAUAGUUAGAAAUUUCCAUAGAUUUUUGUUUGGCCUAGCCCCGUGUUUUCCUCGCUAUUUUCUUGAAACAAUAUGCGGUUUUAUGCCAGAAACAACCCAGUCCAGCGGUUUCCCACUUCAAAAGUGUAUUCUAUAUCACUAAAAGCGCUAAAGCAGCAAUUUUCCGAAAUGGCGUAUCCUGGUGACAUCGACGUGCCUGAAUCCAACCUCGUUCCCAGGUAUCGAGGUUGGCCUGGAUCGUCUCUCUCAACUCCUGUUCAUGCAAGAAUAAGUUGUACAUUUUAGCCUAGGUGAUUCAAAAUCGGUGUGUAGAUAUUUAUAUUUAAAUAUUUGUGAUAUUUAGAAAUUUUUUUUAGAAUGUCUGGAAAGAUAAUUAGGCGAUUUUACGUGUUAUUUGUGGAAAGGUCUAAUUCAGUCCCAGUUUUGUAUCAGUUAUUACACAGAACAGAAUCAUUAUUAUUGUUUUAAUUAAUGUCUAUUGUUGCGUAUUGAUUUUAUGCUGAACUUUUAUGUAAGGUUUUUCGAUUUUUACCGAGAAGGUUGGGGAAAUUUCAAGCUUAUCUUUGUAGUUAUAUUUAACGGGAUAGGGACGGAACAUUAUUUUGCUGAGGGGGGUGGCCCCCCCCCCUCCCCAAA